GGCUGCAGUUGAUCAGCCCUGAAAGUUACACACAUCGGUCCUAAACGGCACCGAUCUCGUGUCAAUGAUGUGAUUCAUCCAUCCUCUAAAAGUCCAGCACAUCCACAUAUCUAACCGAUAUUGUAUCCAUAUCUUGUAUCUGUUCAUAUCGCUUCAAUCUUGUUUGAUUUGCUCUCUGUAUCGCUAUGCCUAGAGGAAAUAACAGUCGUGGGCGUGGAUCUCCUCGAGGCUCAGGUCGUGGGCACGAUCGCGGACGUGGAGGACGUGGCCGAGGACGUGGACGUGGACAAGGCUAUAACGAUGAUACACCUCGAGGGAACUACCCUCAUAGCGAAAUGGAUGUUGUGGUUCAAGUCUGGCAGGAGCCAUCAUCGAGCAACUUGUCGAGAGGUGGGACUCCAUUGCGCGGCCGAGGGGGACGGCCGGGGUUUGGAUCGGGAUCGGGAUCAGGUACGCCUCAGCGAGGGAGUGCGCCUCAACGAGGAGGAAAUACCCCUCGUCGUGGGAUGGGUACUAGAGGCAGAGGUCGAGGUCGAGGAACAGACACUCCCAGAGCACGACCAGGCUUUGGCUACGGUACCAAUCGAAAUAGAAACGCACCAGACACACCUCUAUCUAAACACCCCCACUCUAGAGGACUGAGUCUGUACCUCAAACCUGUCAAAUUCGUCCCAUCGGUGCUUACGAGAACGUUAUUUGAUGAAGAGGAAGAUAUUCUGCAGCCUGUGGCUGAGAGUGCCGGUCCGAGUGAAGAAAGCCACGUCCCUACUGCAGAUCGCGUUACUCGGGUAUUCAGUGGAGGGCAUUUCCCCCCUCCACCUCCAUCGUCGUCAUCUUCAGAAGACGGUGUUCCUGAUCAUGAGGAGGAAUUGGAGGAGGUCGACUUUGCUGAUAUGGGAAAAUUGUUUCCUCAGCUUCAUACUGCUCAGGCUUCAACUAAAACUCGGUCUUCACAAGUCGCUUCUUCUUCACGUGAGGAGGUAUUCACUGGAGUGUAUAGCAAGAGAAAUCACUCUGUCGCAACUCCCUCAUCCCAUCCAGCUCUAAAGCGCGCAGAUGUAUCGCCCAAAAAACCUAACCCCGUAUUCAUUGAUACGGUGGUCAGUGAGGCAACCGCAAUUGCUGUACACAGCAUUACUACGCUAGAACAUUCAACAGCUGCCCUAGCGAUAACCAAAGAUGACGAAAUAGUCACCGAUAAACCAGACAUCAUCUCAUCCUCGCAAUCUCCCACAGUACCAAUGUUAAACGAAACCACUGUUUCCCCUACAUGUCUUCCUGAAGACGAUACCCCCACAUUCUUCGUGGAUACAGAACCUACUAAACCAUUUACGCAUCGCUCCGCCAGCGAUGUCGUGCUUUAUGAUCGCACCGACUGGGGUGGCGCUCCUCUUGGAGAAGAGGACGAACUUAUCGUAUAUGUUGCGCCCCACCCACGAUCAGCGCAAGCUUCGCCCAUUCCAAAUAUUCCUCGGGUACGGUUACCCUCGAGGUCCGUACUGACAGGUACUACCAAUCCCAUCCAAACCCACCCAGGGCCCGUGGCAAACGAAGACACAAUCGGCAAUAAGGGUUUCCCAGUUCAGAGCGAAGUUCCCCAGUUCUCCUCCGUUUCGUUCGAUUUCUCCACUCCCAGUGCAAAGAAACAGUCUCGUCAGAGACCAGUCUUCACUGCGGGAGAUCGAUCAAAAGUGAGGAUACAAGCUAUGAAACAAGAUGCCCGCGUAGCUCGUAAGCGUGCCCAACGUCGGGCAAUGUUUGGAUCCUUCGGCGCGAUGCUUUCUGAAGCGAGAUUGAGAGAUGCUGAUGAACGGGAGCGCAAAAGUGCCCGAUGGGAGUCUCGGCGGAAGGACGAUUCUGAUGUCGAUUUUGGUGAUGAUGACGAAGAUGAUCCCCCAGCAAACGACGGUGUCGAUGAAGUGUCUAAUGGACUUGGGGGGAUGGAUCUAGACCCGGAUGUUGAACCAGACCUGGAGGCUAUGAAAGGCUUCGUACAGAGCAUGAGCGCGGAGGGAUUGAGGCAUCACACGAUAGAUGAAAUCCAGGACGAAGAGCAGAUGCGGAUGGAAGACGAGGAAGAAGACGGAAGUGACUCCCAUGGGAGCUAUAACAACACAAGCGAUGAAGAAGACAAGGAAGAAAAUGCAGUGUUUGAAGUUGAGGAAGAAAUACUUAUUGCAGAAUCGGAGGGUGGAAGGCCUGGUGAACCUUCACACUCCGAUCAUCCUGACGAAGCGGAAGAUUCAUCCGAUGAUGAGCUCAGUCCAGGAGCUAGCUUUCAGGCUAGACUCCGUCGAGUCCGCGAGAAAUCACGCUCAACGAAGGCAGCGACAGCAGCUGAGGGCGAUUCAGAAGAGGAGGAGUCUGAUGCUCCUUUCCCGCUAUGGAAUAGAGGUGAUUCUGACGAUGAUUACAUCGCACAAAUAGAGGACAUGCUUGAAAUGCAUAGCGGUAUAGCCGGUGGUAAAGACCGCAAACUAUGCAAUAAACUAUUCCGUGCAAUACGAAAUGGUCAAUUCGACCACGUCGAUGACUACGAAGAAUUGGAUGGAUCCUUCAGCUAUCAGCCAGCAAAGCGCAAGAAAGACAAGAUUAAGGAACUGCCCACCGAGCUUCAAGAGAUGUGGGAGAGAGAUCGAGCCAAGAAAGCUGAAUACAAACGAACUCGCGAGGAGGCCCGCCUUCUCGAUGCUGUCGAUCCUAUAUCUCCAAAGAAAGGUGGUAAGAAGGGGCGCAAGGCAAUGCGGGCAGCUGCACGGCUGGAUCCAAGGGAGCUCGCCGAAAUUCAGAAUGCCAUCGUGGACAUGGUGUCACUGGAGAAGCAGAUUCGCCGCUUCAUCAGUGAUACCAGCGGUAAGAACAACAUGGUACUUCCUCCAAUGAAUAAGGCGUCGAGAAAAGAAGUUCACGAGCUUGCGAACUCGUUUAACCUCAAGAGUCAGAGUAGAGGCAAGGGAACGGGGAGAUAUACUACUCUCAUCAAGUCCACAAAUGUACGUGCCAUCAAUGAACGCAAAGUCAAGAGUGUCAUGAAGAAACACGGAGGCCGGUUUGAUACGAUGCCUCGACACAAAGAUGGAGAUGAAGUUGGCAAGGCUGCUCCAAAGAUUGGACAAACGAAUGUCGGGUUCAGGAUGCUCGCUUCUAUGGGAUGGGCAGAAGGAGAUAGGAUCGGUGGCGACGCGUCUACUGGGAUUGAUGCGCCUUUGACAGCUAUUAUCAAGAACACGAAGCUAGGUCUAGGCGCUACUCGAUAGUCACAUCUUCAGAGCGAAAUGUAAUUUUUCCUCGACUACAUAUUGACCUGAGCCUUGACGAAGCGUAA